AUGGCGGGUCAAGUGCAAAAUCAAAGAAUCACAUUCACCGACAACAAUGGCGUCGUCGUCACGACCACAGUUGGGCAUGACCAGUUCAAUGGCCAAUCGGAUCCCGCCUUUGGAGAGACGGCUGAUGGACAUGCGAUACCGACAACAAUUGCGACGGCGAGCGAUUCUGCAAGCACUGCGAAUCAGACACCUUCGACGCUCGUGACGGCUACGAGUGUUUCGCAUCCAGCCGAUAUCCCUACAGAAUCCGAAGAAGUAACCGACACUUCUCCGUCACGCGUCGCUAGUGGAUCAAACGGCGAGAACUCAUCAUGUCGUAGCCUAUCAUGCAACUCUGGCUUACAAGCCGCGAUCGCCGUACCCGUGGUAAUUAGCACCCUUUUUAUCCUCGCCCUGACCUUUUUCUGUCUUCAACGCCGACGCAGGAGACACGCCAUGGGACGGGUUCCUGCAAAACGAAGGGACCCUUCCAAGAAAUGGUCUAGACAUCUACGAAUAUUCUCGUUCGAUGCCGAAGUACUCAUGGGUGGCAGCUUCUCCAUUGUACACGAUGCCAAUCCUAGCAUUCACAGCAUUGCCGAGGAGGUUGCAUCUCCUCAUCGAGAUGACGUGUCCCCUUCUCAGCUGCGUUCAAAUGUGCGCAUGGCUACAAGUAUGACAUCCACAACGCCCGACCCAUUCCGUCGGCAUGACUUGACCGCUACGCCGCCCCCGCCCUAUCCCGCCGUUGCCGGCGCAUGCCUCACCGGGUGA